GCACGAAUUUCUGCUGGCAAUCGUCAGUGUAAUGACACUAUUGAGGUAAACAAAAACAACAACACCACUAAUAUUUUUUAGUCAUUUUGCCGAUGGCGGGUAGAGAUAUUUUUCAAAGUGAUAGUAAAAUUUGAGGAAUAACCAAGCAUUUGCUGUUACCAGGAGACCUCCACCUUCACACACACUCAUUCUCAUACCAUCAACACAGUGAGGGAGUAAUUAUGUAUGUGUAUUUGUGUGGGUGCAAUGAAGUUGUUUAUAGACAGGAUAUGUACGUAUACAGUUAUGAGUUACGUUGUGCAGGAGGUAUUGGGUAAACAAACAAAUCCCAAGCUCAUAAGUUGCAAAAAUUUCAUUCACAAAAACAGUUGGAGCGUGGCACGUGAAGUCGUAGAACGUGACUAUUCCUGGCGUUAGACAAAAAAAGAACAGCCCAAGUUGCGGCAAAUAAAAAAAUAUACAAUAAAUUGGCAAUUAGAAAUGUAUUGAUUAUCAAAAAGGAUUAGAGAAAUCAAUAGGGGUUUGCCUAAAAUAACAACAUUAGUGGAAAAAAGGGGUCCUACUGAAUUUUGAAUUUAAAUGAACCUCAAACCUAACUACCUUCUAAACGUUCUACGAGAAGAGCAAAUCAACAUAUUCGACUCAUAAAAAUAUCAAUUGAUUUGCAAUUAAGAAGUUCUCAUUGCUGUCGGUACCAAUUAGUGAUUGUGUUAAAAUAAAAUGUCUUUAUCCCUGACAAAUCGUCGUCACGAUAAGGCGCCAAUGCCUUCGUCUUCAUUCAGAAGCAAUCAGUGGAGUGGUUCACAGCAACAUUUAUCACAGGAUUAUCAUCAGUUACAGUUGGUACAUCAAACGACGGUGCGGAAACAAAGAUCUUUUAUCGAAACUCCCACCACCAGCCGGCCACAUUUAACGCGGGGUCUUUCAGUGGGCAGAUCAUCAAAGGAUAUUCACUACUUACAGAAUCGCAACGCCUUGAGGAAACAUUCGACAUUUGUUGGUGCUAAGGGGACAUCGUCAACGAAACUGUUCCAUGCCGAUGAUUUAAUCAAGAAAAAUAUUAAUGCUUGCAGUCAAUUAGAGAGACCACCUACACGAAGUGUCCAGGCAUGGUCAUCAACAUCGUCGAUAUUAAAGUCAUUGGAUAAGGAAUUGGCACAAUUAAAUGGUGUUCUCGUCAAAUCAAAGGAUGUUCGGAAUAGUAUAACAAAGAGUGGGGUUGUAGAUAAAGCGAGGCAUCAAAUUGCAAAUAAGAGCGCCAACAAACACAAGACCGAAACUGGACUGCCCGCAAACGUAAAAGCGACGACUUCAAGUAACAGGCUAAUUAAAUCCGCUACUACGACAUCCAUUGCGACGGUGCCAUCCAAGACGUGCGAAUCCAACAAAGUAAAUCUAAGCAUUGUCCUGUCACACGCCUUGAAUGAAAGCAAGGAGAAUGAUUACAUCUUGUGUGAUCCUGGAGAAGGUGAAGACAGUGAAGAUUUGUCAAUAGAAAGUGAACAUUUGGAGGAUUCCAAUAAAUCUGAAGUGAAUUUAUCAAAGGAUAGAGAAUCCGUCAACCUUUCGGCCCCGCAGCGAAGAGCUCUCUACCAAUCCAGUAAAUUUAACGAUCAAAUAAAUUUGUCAAACGCCUGCCAGACACCUCCACAACCCCAACUGCAAAACUUAUCGCCAGCUUUAAUUGUACAGAAACGACCACCCCUGGUACGUGCUAUGUCGGCGCCAGUUCGUAGCAUCGAUGACAAUUCCAAAGGUUCAUUCUUGGCAAAUAACAAACGCAAAUCAAGGCGUCGCAAAUUAAAUGCCCGUACCAUUACAUGUGAUCGAGAUUCGUCAUCGCCCUCAUCGACAACGAGGUCGACCCACCUGACAAAUGUGAAUAAUUUAAAUUUUGAUUCAAAAUCGACCAACAAGAAAAUUUUACAACGUUCAAGAUCUGUGGCACCCGAUGUUAUAACAUUGGUAUCCCUCAUAAGUUCAGAGGGUUCUGAUUCGGAAAAGGAGGAUUGUUGUUCGUCAACACCCAGCAAUUCCGAUUCGAGCAGUCCAACGAGGAGAGCACCUUCUCUCCGGAAGGCAGGGAAAUCUGUCUCAUUCCAGGAAAACUACCCACCAACAUUUCAAUUCGCUUCCAAGGAAUAUUCACAUAUGCUGCGUCGAGGUUCUAUAGCACCUCUGGCAGCACGGAUCAAAGCAAAUCGUCCUCCAACAGCACCGCCUGGAUCGAUUUUUCACACAAACAACAACAGCAGCAAUUCCAACAGUGCAACGAAUACAAAAAAUAUGAAUGUCGAAAACGAUGAAAAUGAUACACCACCUGAUGAAAACCAAAUUAAUGCCAACAACAAUGUUACAACAACUACGCCCGCAACAGCUAACCUCAAAAAAUCGCUUGAAGAGGAAUCAUCCUAUCAGUAUCCCGAUUAUGUUCGCAGUAUUAAAGAACGCGAAUGUUGGAAACUUUUUCAGAAGAUGUCAGCAAAGGGGGUUAACAUCACGUACGAUACAAUCUUGCGCGGUAUGUUGACACCAACUGAAUUUCGCCAGCUACAAAAACAACGAGAAAUGGAGGAGGCAAAAGCACAACUUCGUGAAAAUGAAGAGAUGGCAGCCAUAAAUGAAGAACAGCAGCAACAAUUGAAAAAUAAUCGCAAAAAUUCUCCACUUGAAAGAAUUGCCGAAAAUUUACCAAAGAACUGAAAAUGUAGUUUAAGCGGAAUGCCUAAUAUUAGUGGGUUUACAUUAUUGCACUUUAUUGUGAUUUAUUUGGUGUAUGUUGAAAGAAAAAAUCGUACAACACGAUAAAGAGCGAUGAUGUACGAUGAUACGGCUUUAAGGUUUAUUUGAAGCCAUGGUAAAAGAAUAUAGAUAGACGCAUCGACACAGCUGCUGGGACAAUGAACUGUCAAACCAAUUUUGAGAUUGAAAAUGUUGAAUGAAAAAUUAUUUAAAUUUUUAAAAAUAGUUGAAAACGUGUAUUAUAAUAACCUCCGAAUGACGUCGUGUAGGAAAACAUAUUAAAAUCUACUUAUAUUUGAAAAUACAUUUAAAAUUGUUUGACAUAUCAAUGUUUCCAAGCGUUGAUGCAUCUACUUGUAUGCUUUUACCAUGUUUGAAGCACUGCCAAUGUUUCCUGAAAAAAAUACACCGCAAUGGCACAACGCUGAGCGUUGAUUUGCUUGUAGUGAAAACUUAAAUUUUUGGUGUAGCGUAGCAAUGAUUUAAACGUCAAUUCUGUUCUGGUAGAAAUAAUAUUUGUAGUUCGUAGAAGCACUUGUUUAAACACAAUAACACUUCUUAGUGAUCUACAGGUGAAGACACAUAAGUCGCAUGACACGGUUUACGCCAUUGCAUGACAGCAUUUGCGGCGAAAAAAAAACAAAGCGAAGGAGCUGCAUUUGAAUUAGGUUUUACUUGCUCUGAAUUCUUUUACUAGAAAUUUUGUCAUGCGAUGAUGGAAAGCAUACUCAAUUAGAUCUAUCUCAAAAAUAUAUUGUCCACAAUGAACUCCCGUGAAUUAAUUUUUUUUAAUUAGGAGUCAUAUAGUACGUUUACACUUACUUAAUCCAAUGAAUGUUUGAACUGUCAAUCCCAUUGUGUAUACGUCAAAUGAAAUUGAUUCCCAAAUCCAGUGAAUUUCAUUUGACGACUAUGCAAUGGAUUUGACAGUUGAAAUUCACUGGAUUGAUUAUGUGUGUACGGCGUUAUAAUCUCAAACUAGUUCCUGUCAAUUUACACCACAUCACACAUCCUAGUAACAUAUGAAUUUUCAUGAUAGUAUCUGAAAAUAAAAUUUUCAGUUGUAGACAAUUGUUAUCUUGGUAUAAGAAACUCUGAAAAACAAAACACUCGCUUUAUUUACUAAGAAAAAAUACUGUAUUGUAUUUUUGUUACAAAUAAAAUAUUCAAUAGCCAAUGAUAAUUCG